CGGCUUUUCAUUUACUUGUGCUCUUUUUUUUAACCUUCGGUGACACUGCAGCUGCGGUGUAAGAAAAAAGAAACAGCACGGAGGGAGGAGAAGCCAUAAGAUGAAGAAACGUUAUGUGGACGCGAACAGGCUACGGAAAAUGAAAAAACUGAAAAUAACGGAGAGGCUGUCUGAAAGUGCCUACACCGUCCUGAAGUUUAUGAUGAUGUGGACGCUGGUGCUGCUGGCAGAUUUCAUCCUUGAAUUCAGAUUGGAGUACCUGUGGCCGUGCUGGCUCUUCUUUGGCAGCGUGUACACCACUUUCCACUGCCAUGGACUGGUUAUUUGUGUUGUUUUUGUGUGUGCUGCCUUCACGCUGGACAUUUUUUGUUUGAUAUUUGUUCCUUUACAUUGGCUGUUCUUUGUGGCAAGCACUUAUGUAUUAUUCAACUACAUAUGGCAUACAGAGAAAGGCAUCUGUAUAUCGACAGCAUCCCUGUGGAUUCUGCUGGUGUACACAGAGGCUUCACUCCGACUCAAAGACCUUAAAACCUCUCAUGCCAACCUAUCUCAUCUUUUUGCUGCACACUGCAUUGGAUAUCCUGUAGUGUAUCUUGGCUUUUAUGCCACCUGCUAUUUCACCAACAUCUUCAAGCUGCGCAUACAGAAAGCCGUGCAGAGUGAGAAUGACUUCCACAUGCACCUCUUGCAGCACUCUCUGCCUCCAGGCCUGCAGGUUUACCCAAAGAACAGCACAGAUGGCAGCAGCAGCUCAAAAUGGAAGACAAAGCCUGAGCUGACUCAGUAUCAGUGUCAGAACAGUGCUGUAGUGUCCCACGACGAGGGACAUGUUGCUGACUGCCUCCAGAUCCGCAGUGAGGAAAGAGUGACAGAGAAGGGAACACAGGAGGUAAAGUCAGCCGAAACAGACAGGCGGCCAUCAUCGAUUAAAACUGGUGAGUCCAGAGAUAUGCACCAUAGUGGAGCAGGAGGACCAGAAUCCUCCAGAACUGCUGAAAAUCUACCUCAAGAAGAGCAAGGAAGUAAAGCCACACGGGCAGCAGCAAAAAGCUCCUCGCCAAAAGCCCGCAGAGGCAGCACAAACACUCCUCCACCUCCUGCAGGAAGGACGGAGAAGAAACAGAGAUCAAACUCCAAAACCACCAGCCCUAACCAGGACGUGAUGGAUAAGAAUGCCAUUGCUGCUCAGAAUUGCCACGCUGAACAGAUGACAAAGCUGGAGCAGGAGCUGAAGAGACUAAAGAAUGAGCUGCAGACGAGUAAGCAGAGCGAGCAGGAGCUGCGGAGUCACAUCUGCAACCUGACCAACAGUGAGAGGAGCCUGAGACCAGAGGUAGCUCUGCUCAGACAGUCAAACAUGCUUCUGCAGAGCAAGAUUCUGUGUCUGACUAAAACCAAGCAGAGGGAUAAACAGAGCAGUGCAAUGCUAGAGAAGAAGACCAGAGCAGAGACGGAGGCCAGACUCUCUCUGGAGAAACAGUUGGCUGAGCUUCAGGCUCAGAAACUAGAGGAAGCAGCCAGCACAGCACAGAGUCUAACAAACAGGCAGGAACACUGUGAAAACCAAAUGUUAAGGAAAAGAGUAAAAGAUCUAGAGACAGAGUACAAACAACUACAGCUGGAGUUUCAAGUGAAAGAGAGUCAAGUGGUAGAUCUAGAGAGUGAUGUUGAGGCAUUGGGAAAGUACCGCUGUGUGGAGAAAGAGACGGACAUGCUGCUGUCCACUCUGUCAGCCAUGCAGGAGAAAGCUCAACAUCUGGAGUACAACCUGAGCGCUGAGACUCGCAUCAAGCUUGACUUGUUCUCUGCCCUGGGUGACGCUCGCAGACAGCUGGAAAUCGCUCAAGAUAAAGUGAUGAAGCAGGACAGGGAGAUCCGGGACAUGAAGCAGAAGAUAGCAGAGGUGAUGGCCGUCAGUCCUGGUGUGUCCUACAUGGCUCCACGACCUCCGGUGCCACAGUAUCUCACCAAGUUGCUCAACUCUGAGCGCUAUGUGCUGAAUCCACGCGCACUGAUGUACCAGUGCCUAAAGAAAUAAAAAUGGAUCUCCUUUUUUCAGAUCCUCAGACCUCCUUUGCAGACCUCUCCUCCGUAAAUCAGGAAGGGUAGGAUUUUAUUAUAGAGCUAAAUGACAUCAUGAAGUCAUCUUCUUCCAGCCACGAGGAGAACCAGAAUGAGCCUCUACUGUACAAGUCAAAUGCCUUUUGCUGCACACAUGGUGCUAACCUGACGUUGUUAUUUAUAUUUGCUGAUUCCUCUCACAUUAAGGGGUGAAGAGUUUCACUCUAGUUUAAGAUAUUGAAUAUGCAGAGCUGCUGUAGGCACGACUUUUAUAAGAAACACCUCUCCUUACAGCAUCUAAUUUAGUUGGGAUGCAACAGAGAAAAGCACAGCUUUCUUAAAAUCCUGAAAGAGCUGGACCCCUUAUACAUCCCAGAUCAGUUAACAUGAUAUAUUCUUACAUAUGACAUUUUCAUACUCAGUUUCAUAAUGUACUGAAAAGUGAAUAUCUAUCCCGCUGACACACUAAAGAGCUACUAAAAGAAAGCCUUAUGACACAAUAAAUCUAAUGUUUUAGCUGGAAUUAAAGUAAGAGAAAUUACUUAACUUCAACACUUUUAUACUUACAAACUCUAAGAUUUAAGAGACUUUAAUGAUCUUUCUUUGCAGAUGGUAAACUCUAGAAAUGUUUUCUAAAGUAUUCAAACUAUUGUGGCUAAAAUGUUUGAGAUUUUGGCUCCUAAUGUGUAGAGUUUCCAAUAGAAAGAAGGAUCUAAAACGCCUUAAAACACUUGACUUUUUGACAGGUCUUCUUAGAAAUAAAACACAACAAUGAGCUGGCUUACUAGUACAAAGGUGCACCAGCUAUGUGUAAGUUUAAACAAAGCUUAAGCAGCAACCUCAGAUCCUGAAAAAUGAAGCCAAUGCGGAAGUACAUAAAAUUGCAAUAUCGCAAGUGUCCACUUGCGCACUCCCUGCGCACUGAUUUGGUGCGUCUCAUUUGAUUGAGAUUAGUGAGGACUUAACACAACUUACACAGAGCUGGUGUAAAAGAAGCCUGAAACUGAAUUUAGCCAUUGCUCACUUUCUUAUAUCAUGCCUGUCUAUGACAUGUCAAAGUCACAGAUUUGGUUGAAAUAUCUGUGAAAUAUAUUUGAAUACUUAUAAAUCAGUUAUCAAUAUGUUCAUAGAGACGAUUAUACAGAACUCUGUCAAAGUGCUUGUCAGUUUCAAUUAUUGAUUUUCUUCACUUAUUUAAAGAUAAACAAUAAACUAUUUGACCAUUACAUGAUAGGCCCAAACCAUUUAACAUACACUGAUCACUUUAUUAAGUUCAACUGCUCAUUAACGCAGAUACCUCAUCGGCCAAUCACAUCGCAGCAAACGAUGCAUUUAGGCACGCAGACAUGGUUAAUACAAAGAGAAGUUCAAGCGAGUAUUUGAAUAGUAAAGAAAGAUGAUUUCAGUGGUGGUUCAAAAUAUGUUGGUGUAAGUGUUUCACAAACUGCUGAUCUACUGAAUGCACAGCCAUCUGUAGUGUUUACAGUAGAUGGUCUGAAAAAAAAGAAAUAUUCAGUGAGCGGCAGUUCUCUGGUUAAAGAUGCCCUGUUGAUGGAAGAGGUCAGAGGAAAACAACAGACUGGAUCAAGCUUAUAGAAAGGAAACAAUAAUUCAAAUAAGUGAGAAAUGAAGAAGAGCAUCUGUGAAGCACGAGACACUGUCAGCUAAGAACAGGAAACAGGCUACAGUUCACUAAAACUGGGAAGUAGAUGGCUGUAAAGCGUUGUCUUGUCUGAUUGGUCUCACUUUCUGUUGAAACAUUGGAAUGGUAGGGCUCCGUAUGCCUACUUCACUGGAUUGCUGUCAUCUGAUUGGCUGGUUUGGCUGAUUGUUUACAAUUUUCAUAAAGCAUUGAAACAGUUUAAUCAACAACAAACAUUUGUCUGAAAUUCUAAGUAACGUAUGUAUCAGGGUGCUCUUGCGUGUGCCUGUAAAUAGAAGUUUAAGAUGAUUUGAAUUGUGCUGAAUUUCAUAUGAAAGCAAUGAAUUCACUAAAUUGGUACUUUUAUCUUUUAAAAGAUUGGAUUGAGAUGCAGAUUUCAAUUUAACAUAUGUCUCUAAUAAGUUGAGGAACAGAAGGUUAUGUGUCUUUGUUUCACCUGACAGUUAAAUAAAGAUAUUAUUUCAAUAUGUGGCCGCUCUCAUGGGACACAGACAAAGUGUAAACCGAAUGGUUGCCAUAUUGUUUGGCCAGAUUUAGACUUUGUCCACGAGUCAAAGUAGAGAAAUGAUGUUGACCAAACCGGCUCAUGAAUAUAAUAACUGUGCCUAUAUACAUUACUUUCAAACUGGGAAGUAAAACUAAUUAAAUGUGAAAGAGUAAUGUGUUUGAAAUGAAGUGCUAUGUACUGUUUUGUAGUUCUUUUCUUUCUUUUGUUUUUUUUUUUUUGUUUUGUUUUUUUUGUUUUGUUUUUUUACUCGCAUUGUACAGAAUUUAAAAUGCCCACACAGCUGAAAAAAACACAUGAAGUGGAUGUUGCCAUUUUGGUAGAUUUUUUAUUUAGAGUGUGUUUCUAGGGUGUUUUAUAUCAAAAAUAUUUUUUAGUCUUGCUGUAAUUUUUAUUAUACUGCUGUAAUUUUGUACGGCAAUGUGUUUGUCAGCAUGAAAUGUGUUUUAUUCAACUGUUAUUUGAGCACACAUUGUGACUUUAAGUAUGUACAUGAAUAUACUUGUACAAGGGCUACAGUUUCUUAGACUUUUGGAACAAAUUAUUUAAACAGUGAUGCUCUGAAGGUCAGAAUACGCU